UGCUGUCGUCUGCAGUGCUGCAGGCAGAAAGGAAAGUUGCCAACUGCUUAUGAGAGGUGUUCCUCAAUAUAGGUAAUGUAAGCAUUUUAGUUACACGAGAGGGAGGAAACAGGCAUGUCAGCUCUUUGUCCACCACCAUCUCCUGCAGUUGCUAAGACAGAGAUCUCUUUAAAUGGCGAAUCACCAUUAUUAGCUGCCACUUUUGCUUACUGGGAUAAUAUUCUUGGUCCCCGAGUGCGGCACAUCUGGGCUCCAAAGACAGAACAGGUACUUCUCAGUGAUGGUGAAAUAACUUUUCUUGCUAACCACACCCUGAAUGGAGAAAUACUUCGGAAUGCAGAAAGUGGCGCAAUAGAUGUGAAGUUCUUUGUUUUGGCUGAAAAAAGAGUAAUCAUUGUGUCAUUAAUCUUUGAUGGAAACUGGAACGGAGACAGAAGCACGUAUGGACUAUCAAUUAUACUUCCGCAAAGUGAGCUUGGUUUCUACCUGCCACUUCACAGGGUGUGCGUGGAUAGGUUAACACAUAUUAUAAGGAAAGGAAGGAUAUGGAUGCAUAAGGAGAGGCAAGAACAUUUCCAGAAGAUUGUCUUAGAAGGCACAGAAAGAAUGGAGGCUCAGGGUCAGAGCAUCAUUCCAAUGCUGACAGGAGAAGUAAUUCCUGUAAUGGAACUCCUUUCAUCUAUGAAAUCACACAGUGUUCCAGAAGAAAUAGAUAUAAGUGACACAGUGCUAAAUGAUGAUGACAUUGGGGAUAGUUGCCAUGAAGGCUUUCUCCUCAAUGCUAUUAGUUCACACCUACAGACCUGUGGUUGUUCUGUAGUUGUAGGAAGCAGCGCAGAAAAAGUUAAUAAGAUUGUGAGAACAUUGUGCCUGUUUCUCACACCAUCUGAGCGGAAGUGUUCCAGACUCUGUAGAAGUGAGUCCUCUUUCAAAUAUGAGUCAGGACUUUUUGUUCAAGGCUUACUCAAAGAUGCAACAGGAAGCUUUGUGUUGCCCUUCCGUCAAGUAAUGUAUGCCCCAUACCCUACUACGCAUAUAGAUGUGGACAUCAAUACAGUGAAGCAGAUGCCCCCUUGUCAUGAACACAUCUAUAACCAACGACGAUACAUGAGAUCUGAGCUGACAGCAUUUUGGAGAGCUAAUUCAGAUGAAGAAAUGUCUCAAGAUCAUAUUAUCCACACAGAUGAGAGUUUCACACCUGAUUUAAAUGUCUUUCAAGAUAUCGUACAUAGAGAUACAUUAGUAAAAGCCUUCCUGGAUCAGAUCUUUCACCUGAAGCCUGGCUUGUCUCUAAGGAGUAUUUUUCUUGCACAAUUUCUGCUAGUCCUUCACAGAAAAGCCUUAACUUUAAUAAAGUACAUAGAGGAUGACACGCAAAAAGGCAAAAAACCUUUUAAGUCUCUUCGUAGCUUAAAGAUAGAUCUCGACUUGACAGCAGAGGGCGAUCUUAACAUAAUAAUGGCUUUGGCUGAGAAGAUUAAACCAGGUCUACACUCCUUUAUCUUUGGGAGGCCGUUCUACACUAGUGUACAAGAACGAGACAUGCUCAUGACAUUUUAAAGUCUUCCCUGUAUCUGAUAUUGCAGUCCUGCAGUGCAUUAAAUCUGUCAGUGGGACCCCCACACUGGUGACAAGCAUUGUCAACUGAGGGUGAAGCAUCAGGAGCACAGUAACAUUGAGGUGUAUCUCAAGCAGUAGGGGGUUUUGUUAGAGUGAAUUUCAGCUUAGCUAGAUAAACAUGAUUUUAAUUAAUUGGUCUCUUCUGUGUGUUUUUUUAAUUGUAAAUGUUACCAGAGGUUCCUUGGCCAUAUUGGCUUAGUGGAUAAAUGUGGAUAUGUUUUAGUGUAUGAUAAAAGGAAGCAUUUUAAUUUUUAUUCCCCAGAAAUUUCUUUCAGGUGUGCAUCAGAUUUUUCCUGUUCUGCUGUGUCAGUAUUUUCAGUGUUUCCACAGAAAACAGUAUAUAUGUCCUCACUAACCAUGGAGGUUGCAGAAGCUGCACUUUCCAAGACUUGCAGAGUUUUUAAAACUGUUAUUCUUAUGUAUGUGAUGAAAAUCUUAAAUAUGACUUUUACUAAUCUGCCUCUUCUAACACUACUGCCUUCUUCCUUUAGAGCAUUUAAACAUGUUUGCAGUUUUUAAUAUUCUACAAAGUGCUAUUUCUAAGUGCAGACUGUUGAUUAUUUGCAGCUUAAAUAGCAGUAUGUUGCACAUGGGAAUUAGAUCAUUACUCAAGCAGCUCUGUGCAUGUAAGUGCCAACCAGGAUACUCUUUUCAUGUAUUUCUGGACUGUCCUGCAGUGGCGUGGUCAGUCAUCAGCUAACUGAAGUCUUGCAAAACACAAAACAGAAGACUCGUGUCAUUCUACAGCAGUUGUCAGUCGUUCUGUGUGUAAACUGCUACUGAUGGUUGUACUGCCAGUUUCUUUGAGGCUCAUAGAAUCAUUUAGAAUGGAAAAGACCUUCAAGAUCAUUGAGUCCAACCAUUAACCCAGAACUGCCAGGUCCACUUAUAAACCUUGUUCUUAAAUACCACAUCUACACAUUUUUUUAAACUCUUCCAGGGGCAGUGAUUCCAUCACUUCCUGGGCAGAUUGUUCCAAUGCUCAACAAAAUAUUCAGAUUAAAGUAUUAGACCCUUCCAAAGAACAUCAAGGUGAUAGCCAAGCUAAAAGAUAAAACAGUAUUUUCUUUUCAUUUGCUUCACCAUUAGUAUAUUUAGUAAUCCUUAAUUUAGAGAUGUGCAUAGCUAUGAACUAAUGCAGUUAACAUUUUAGUAAGUUAGCUCUUGUCAUUAAGCUUACCUAUCUUCUUAGUUCAGCUUAGCAUAUCUCCAAUUUAGCUAGAAAAUCAAAACACAUUUUCUAUUGGUAUGUCUCAACCUUUCUUUCUCAGUAGUAUGUAGAGCAGUGAGGUGUCAGAUGAAUCUAGACUUUUUUUUUACCCACAAAUCAAGGUAUAUCUGUACUGCAGGUUGUUGUAUCUCUGCCCCUUUUGGACAGGUAUAGGAAUUUAUUUCUGUCAUGUUUCAGGAUAAAGUCAUAACUCAAUAUUCAUUGGAAAAGGGAAAGAGCUGCACUGAUUGGAGAAGCCAUGGCUGCUUUAUAACUUACCUUGUUUAUAACUCUCCUUUGUAAAUAGGUUUCUGUUUUCAAGAUAGCUUUUUAGUAUUACUUUUAGUAAUUACUUUAGUAUUACUUUUAGUAAUUACUUUUAGUAAUUACUUUUAGUAUUACUUUCAUGAAGUAAAGUUAGAAGUUAGAUUCACAUUUUUCCUGAAAGGUCUAAUACUCAGAUUUUAAAAGAAAUACUGUCCUUUAUUUAGAUGCCCAAAAUUCCCUUACAUUUCCUGAAAGACAAAAGACUCUCAAUCAAAUGUUUAGAGCCUGUAAAAGAUGUGAAAUUGAGGCCCAUCUGCACACCAUUUUUGUGAGUCUGCAUCAUCAGUGUUACUGGGUUGCAAAAGAACUGACAGUUUGUGCAGCCAUCUUUUUGCUGUACACACAUGUAUAACUCUUGCACUAAGCUUGGUGAUUCAUCAGAGGACUUUGUCAGAAUUACAUAAGUUACUUGUGCUGAGAUUCUGUUUGUCAUUUUACCACUACUGCUCCCUUCUACAUUUUCAAUCAAGACAUUAGAGCCUGAAUGUGCUUAAGUUAUUACUGUAGUGGGUAAAUAGUGAAAGAAAUGUAAUAAACACUGCCCAAACCUCUAAUGUAGAAGUUGUGUCAAAAUAUAAAAGCUUUAAAUCUGCUGCUGAAAUUAAUCCUUUCAGCUUAAUAAGCAUUGGAAAAUCAACACUGACACUACUAACAGUGAAGCUUUUGUUUACUGAAGAUUCUGUUACUUUUUGAAGUUACUAAAAACUGGAAAUUCAAUUGCUGUUUUUGUUGCACAGUUGUCACAAGUGCAGAUUGUAUAGUGAAGUACAUUGUUAAAUGCAUCUGCAUGUUGUGUUGUAAACCUAGCUCAAGAAACAAAGUAAUAAAAUUCAUACACAGUUUUUGGACUUUAAUUGUUGCUGAGUUUUUCACAGAAUUUCUGCUCUGUAUCUAAAAGCAUCAUUAUCUUUUAUGCUUUGAAUUAAAGAAUAAACAUUUCUUCCUUCUUGUUAAAUUAA